AUGACGGACGAAAGCUUAGCACCUUUUCACCGGAAUCGAAGAAGAUUACCUCGGAAAUGCAUGAAUCUUCCAGUAAAGCCAAUCGACAGCUGGUCAAGAGGAAUCCGCCGUCGUCUUCUGGUGGAAUCGAACUUCGAAUCUCUUCACCCACAUGAAUCUUCCAGUAAAGCCAAUCGACAGCUGGUCAAGAGGAAUCCGCCGUCGUCUUCUGGUGGAACCGCCCAAUCGACAGCUGGUCAAGAGGAAUCCGCCGUCGUCUUCUGGUGGAACCGAACUUCGAAUCUCUUCACCCAACACUUUCAGUCGAAAUGGAAGUAA